AGCACGUGUUUAACGCGCGGACAUUAGUUUUGUUGAUGGUUUGGCUGUUUCUAAUUGUAUUUUUCAUUGAUUCUACACACAAACUUUAGUGACAGCAAAAAAUUAUUGAUUAAAUCCGUUAAUUAUAUUAAUAAUGGUUCAAAUAACUGAUACAAAUCAUUUAAACGCGAUGUAUUAUCCAAGUGGAGAGUCAGAUUUAGCAAUGAUGCAAAUUGAUACACAACCAGGAACAGUAUUCUCACAUGAUGAAGAUAUGACGCAAUUACAACAAAAAAUUUCAGAUCUGAAAGUUGAACCUAAUUUUGCGAUAAAACGAUUUCAUGAAGACACUAGAGAAUUAGGUAUUUACUCACAACAUAUGGACAUCAGAGAACCCUUGUCAACGUUAAAAAGUUUACUGCAACAUAAAUUAAACUUUGAUCUAAAUGGUUUUCAAUUUUGGCUUUUGGAUACCCAACUUUUGGAGAGGCAUCAAAUUUUAGUUAACGAGUGCUUCCAAAGUCAAGGUCUCGUGGAAAUUAAUGUGCAGAUAAACCGGACACAGAAGAGAAUAAAUAUUGUUAAUGUUUUAAAGCCGCAUUAAUACUACGUUCAAGUAGCUACGUUAAUUAUUGAUCUCCAGUACUUGAUGAAGAAAAAAAUACAAAUGAAGGAUAAUUUACGAUGUAAUCGAGUACAAGCAUGUGUAUAUAUAUAUUUUUUAAAAUCGAGAUUAUUAUAAUAAAUU